GCUGGGGACGGAAGUGCGGUCCGCGUGACGACAUCUGCAGGUUCCUGAGUGUCAGCAGAGCAGCAGCAGCGCUUUUGAUGUUGCGUUAUUGUUUCAUUUAAUCGUUAAACCUUAUUUAAUCCGAUCAUUUACUGCAUUAGACGAGCAUUACUCGUCCUUCUCGUUUGAUUAACGGCUGAUCGAAGCGCGUCGAACGCUGCAGCGAUGACGUCACCGGGGGGCGGGGCUCUGGCCACGAGGGGCGGGGCCACGGUCAGGAGGAUGAAGUGGUCUCUGGAGCUGAGUCUGGGCAACAGCAGCAGGAGCCGCGGUGACCGACAGAGCAAGGACGGAGACGUCAUGUAUCCGGUGGGAUACUCGGAUAAACCGGUGCCGGACACCAGUGUGCAGGAGGCCGACCGCAACCUGGUGGAGAAGAGGUGCUGGGACGUGGCGCUGGGUCCACUCAAGCAGAUUCCUAUGAACCUCUUCAUCAUGUACAUGUCUGGAAACACCAUCUCCAUCUUCCCCAUCAUGAUGGUGUGUAUGAUGGCCUGGAGACCCAUCCAAGCGCUCAUGUCCAUGUCAGCCACGUUUAAGCUGUUGGAGAGCUCCAGUCAGCAGUGGCUGCAGGGUCUGGUGUAUCUGAUCGGGAAUCUGCUGGGAUCUGCUCUGGCCAUCUACAAGUGUCAAUCAAUGGGGCUCCUCCCGACGCACUCGUCUGAUUGGCUGGCGUUCAUAGAGCCGCCUCAGAGACUGGAGAUCAUGGGCGGAGGGAUGGUCAUGUGACGCGCUCACACACACACACACACACACGCGCUGUGAAUUUAGCAAGAACAUUUAACCCCACCUAUGCUGAUAAUUAAGUUAUACUAAUGGUUUGUGGUGAAGCUGAAGUGUUUUGGUUUGUUCUGUGAUUUACUUCAAAUUAAUAAAUUUCUUUAACAUUUUAA